CCACUUGCAAUUUCCUUUUUGGAUCCUAAAGGGAGGGCAGUUUACAUCAUCUUUCUACGUUUUUACCUUUCGCUUUUUCGCAGCUGGUGAUACAAAGAUGGCUGAGGGUGAAGAUAUUCAACCACUCGUAUGCGAUAAUGGAACUGGAAUGGUUAAGGCUGGAUUUGCUGGUGAUGAUGCACCAAGAGCUGUGUUCCCUAGUAUUGUGGGUCGUCCACGUCACACUGGUGUGAUGGUUGGGAUGGGUCAGAAAGAUGCAUAUGUUGGGGAUGAGGCUCAAUCCAAGCGUGGUAUUCUCACUCUUAAAUAUCCCAUUGAACACGGCAUUGUCAACAACUGGGAUGAUAUGGAAAAGAUUUGGCAUCACACCUUUUACAAUGAACUCCGUGUGGCUCCUGAAGAACACCCUGUUCUUCUCACCGAGGCCCCUCUUAAUCCGAAAGCGAAUCGAGAGAAAAUGACCCAGAUCAUGUUUGAGACCUUCAAUGCUCCUGCCAUGUAUGUUGCCAUCCAGGCUGUUCUCUCCCUUUACUCCAGUGGGCGAACAACUGGUAUUGUUCUGGACUCUGGGGAUGGUGUGAGCCACACUGUCCCUAUCUAUGAAGGGUAUGCCCUCCCCCACGCCAUCCUCCGGCUUGAUCUCGCAGGACGUGACCUUACUGAUGCACUUAUGAAAAUCUUGACCGAGCGUGGUUAUUCAUUUACCACUACGGCUGAGCGUGAAAUCGUAAGGGAUGUGAAGGAGAAGCUCGCGUAUAUCGCACUUGAUUUCGAACAAGAGCUGGAGACUUCAAAAACUAGUUCUUCUGUUGAGAAAAGCUAUGAGUUGCCUGAUGGCCAGGUGAUCACGAUUGGUGCUGAGCGAUUCCGUUGCCCUGAAGUCCUUUUCCAGCCUUCAAUGAUCGGGAUGGAAGCUGCAGGCAUUCACGAAACGACAUACAAUUCGAUCAUGAAGUGUGAUGUGGAUAUAAGGAAGGAUUUGUAUGGGAACAUCGUUCUCAGCGGUGGAACGACCAUGUUCCCCGGAAUUGCUGACAGAAUGAGCAAGGAAAUCACUGCCUUGGCACCUAGCAGCAUGAAAAUUAAGGUGGUAGCGCCACCUGAAAGGAAAUACAGUGUCUGGAUUGGAGGCUCCAUCUUGGCAUCUCUCAGUACUUUCCAGCAGAUGUGGAUUGCUAAGGCAGAGUAUGAUGAAUCUGGUCCAUCUAUCGUGCACAGGAAAUGCUUCUAAUUCCUCAGAAUUCAA